AUGGCUUCCACAUUCGCUCCAGAGAAGCCUAUGGAUGAUCGCAUUGCUAUCGUAGCAAAGGCUCUGGGAAAAGAUCCUGACUUCUGCAAGCACGAUGUUCCCGGUCUCGCAGAGCUCCUCAACGACUACCUGAAUCCCGCAGUCGAAGUCGACCGCUUUGCUUUCAUGCGCCGGCUGCUCCGGAUGUUUCGGGAGUCAGGGAGCGACGACACUUACCAAAAGCUGCGAGACGAGCAUACGGAUGACGAGAAGAGUAGGCUAGAGAAGUUCGUAGAUGGCUCGCUCGCCGAAGAUCUUUGCGAGGGGUUCUGCAAAGGACACAGCUUGAGCUUCCGUCAUCACGCCAAGCAUUUCCUUGAAGGGGCCAAGGAGGUUGUCGAGCAGAUACUAGACAUCGACGAUGAAGAAGCCGUAAUGGAUAUUCGAAAAGACCUUGAAUUCCAGAACUGGGGCAGGACUCUGCAGGGCAAUGUGCCGAAGCUGACGUGCGUGCCUCGGACGGUUGUGCAGAUACAGAAGAUCGUUCAAUUUGCAAAGCAAAGCAACAUGAGCGUUCGAUGUAGCGGAUAUCGACAUUCAUGGUCGCCAAUCUUUGGUAGGAGCGGCGAGAUUCUGAUCUCGACACUACAACUCAAGACUGCUUCCGAGCUGCCCAACUUCGCAGCGCAGACGUUUUUGUCGGAGGAAGACCCAGGCGAGCUCGAAACGAUAGAGCUCCUCGAUGAGCCACCGUUGUCAGGAGGAAAGAGACUGGUCCGCAUAGGAUGUGCUGCAACGAACGAAAGACUAAGACGAUGGUGCGUGAAGCACAACCAGGUGACUCUGCCGUUCAAUAUCAUUAUGGUAGAGAUCACAGCAGGUGGAAGUAAUGCACCAAUCUGCCACGGCGCAGGUAUCACAAGCAGGACAUUGAGCGACCUCGUCCAUCGCAUAGAAUACAUUGAUGCGAACGGCAUACUUCGCAUGAUCACCGAGAACGACACCGAGUUCCUGACGGCUGCCAGCGGAUGCUUCGGUUUGCUGGGUGUGGUCACUCACCUCACGCUGGUGUUGGAUCCCAUGACCUAUGCAGAGCUCCGACCGGCGAAAGUGCCAGUAGUCCUCGCCAUACCACCACCUGACGAUAUGUGGGACAAGGUUCCUCCAUCACUGCUACCCAAACAGCCACUCACCAUUGAGCAGAAGCGUAAAGCCAAGGAGGACUUCGAACACAAAGCCAACAACGACUACUACUCCGAAUGGUUCUGGUUCCCCUACGCCGACGAAUGCUGGAUCAACUGCUGGAACAACACAACCGACUCCUCCCAUGUCAAAGACUGGCCAGACUCCCUCGCAAUCUUCGUGUCCUUUCUCCAAGAAUUCACGUUGAACGUGCUGCAAUACAACAAAGUCCUGACCAAGCUCGUGGACAAGACCAACGUAGCCGAAGCAGCAGUCUCGAUCCUGAGUCGCUUCGCUAUGAUGAAUCUGCCCGAAGUGAAAGAAGACGAACCACCCAUCAAGACCUACCUUUGCGACGCGCUCCACUUCCAACGCGCAAUCCAAAAUGUCCGCGUCCGCGACCUCGAAGUCGAGAUGCCUCUCGUUCCUCUCCCCGACAAUCCUACCAAACCUGACUACAGCUACGUCCAACGCGCGUGGUGGGACGCCAUCCUCAAAGCUUACGAACACAGCGAUACAUGUCCACAACGGUUCCCCCUCGAGAUGAGAAUUAUGGGAGGUAGCAACGUCCUCCUGGCACCGCAGCACGGCAACACGCUAGGGACAUGUUCGAUUGAGAUUCUGACUCUACAGAACGCCGUGGACAUCUGGCAACCUUACGCCCAGGAAGUGCUGAAUAAAUGGAUGUCGUACAACGACCACCAAGGCCACGCGAUCAAGACGAGACCACACUGGGCGAAGGAAUGGUCCGAAGGCUACACCGUCGCCUCCAACCCCAUGCUCACCCACCUCAAGACCUCAGCCUACGCCUCCGAAAUCCCCAAAUUCCGACAUAUCCUCGCAGCAAUCGGGAAAACUCAAGGCUGGACUUUACAAGACAUCCAGAAACGCUUCUCGAACGACCUCUUCGAUGACUUGAUCUUUGAUAAUGUCCGACCCCCCGCAGCGGUAGGGAAUCAUGAUCAAGACCACCGCAAGCCAGUACCAGCUCCAACAACAAACGACCAUACCAACGGCACCAACACCAGCAGUGGUUUGAACCUCAUGAGGAAUGGCGAAGCAUUAGAUGCUUCCAACAAGUCUAGCAAGCUGAGGGAUAAGUCGUGCUGUAGUACAAUGUAG